AUGGCAAACUCGCAGAAGACAUCCAUUUCAGUAGCGGUCGACCCCGUCGCGCUGAUCACUACAGAAUGUAUAACAGUUACAUCUGCCAUGCGCAAACAUGCUCGAUGGGCUCAUUCUUCAGUAUCUGCGAUCCUUGGCGGAAGUUCCACGCCGAUGAGUCCCAGUUUACAAAGCUCGAGGCCUGCCACUCCGCGAGACGACCUUAACAAGGUUAAAGGACACAAAUCUAGAUCAUCUUCAGGUCUAACGGACGGCGAUGAUGGAGGGCUGGCAAAUCGAUGGGGGCUACGGGGUAAGAAGGGCAAAAGCAUGCAGGAUAACCCUUUGAUGGCUGGCUUUGGGCGACUGAGGCGUGAAUUAACUGGCUGUAAAGAUAUACAUAAAUUCGAUACACCAUCCUUACUGCACCCUUUCCUCCAAGUCAUCCAGGCUUCUGCGACCUCUGCUCCUAUUACCUCUCUUGCUCUCGUUGCAAUCACCAAGUUCUUCUCCUACAACCUAAUAAGUCCAGAAUCCCCACGACUUGCCCUAGCCAUGCAAUCACUAUCCGCAGCUAUAACACAUUGUCGAUUCGAGGCCAGUGACUCUGCAGCCGACGAGAUUGUCCUUUUGCGGAUCUUGAAGCUCAUGGAAGGAAUGCUGUCAGGCCCAGGAGGAGAUCUGCUGAGUGACGAGAGCGUCUGCGAAAUGAUGGAGACAGGGUUAAGCAUGUGCUGCCAAUCAAGGUUAUCGGAACUGCUACGACGAUCUGCAGAAAUGUCUAUGGUUAAAAUGACACAAGUCAUCUUCGAACGUCUGAAGCAUCUGGAAAUCGAGGCUGGAGACGAGGCUGAGGCUUUGGAUGAAAAGACCAAAGAAGACAUGGACACCGUGAAAAUGGAUCCAUCAGCAAAUGGCAACGAUGCUAUAAAGUCAUCCUUAGCUGCGCCUCCUGGCGAAUUACGGCCAUCGUCAAGUUUUGAUAAAACGAGGAAUGGAAAUAAUUCUUCCAUGGACAAUGUCUCUGAGAUGGGAGUAGCUCCGGCCUCCGAAGCUUCAGAUGAAGCGCCCAUAAAGCCAUAUUCUUUGCCAUCUAUACGAGAACUUUUCAGAGUACUCGUAGACUUACUCGAUCCCCACGAUCGUCAGCAUGCUGAUGCUAUGAGAGUCAUGGCUUUAAGGAUCAUCGAUGUGGCGUUGGAGGUAGCUGGGCCUUCAAUUGCCAAGCACCCCUCCCUUGCAACCUUGGCGGAAGACAGUCUGUGCAGAUAUCUAUUCCAAUUGGUUCGAUCAGACAACAUGGCAAUAUUGCAUGAAUCACUGAUUGUUGCUGGUACUCUGCUGGCCACUUGUAGAGGUGUGCUCAAGUUGCAACAAGAGCUCUUCCUCUCUUAUCUGGUUGCCUGCUUACAUCCUCGAGUUGAGAUCCCAAGAGAGCCUGGGAUAGACCCUUCACUGUAUGCUGGUGUGCCGCAAUCCCCGAAGCUGGUCAAGCCCCCACCAUCACAAGCAAGCAGCGGGAGAUCUACUCCAGUACCCGUAAAAGACCGGCAAAAACUUGGCAUGGAAGGUGGAUCUAGGAAACCUGAUGCCAGGGAAGCAAUGGUUGAAAGUGUUGGUGCUCUUGCACGGAUACCCAGCUUCAUGGUUGAGCUCUUUGUCAACUACGACUGCGAGGUUGACAGGAGCGAUCUAUGUGAGGACAUGGUUGGAUUACUAUCUCGCAAUGCCAUCCCUGAUUCUGCGACUUGGAGCACAACCAGCGUGCCACCACUUUGCUUGGAUGCACUGCUGGGCUACGUUCAGUUCAUCGCGGAACGACUAGAUGACGAGCCUCGAUUUGAUGGUUAUCCAGAUCGUGCUCAACUCCGCGAACAACGUCGAAGAAAGAAGAUAAUAAUCCAAGGAGCGGCAAAGUUCAACGAGAACCCGAAAUCUGGACUCGCAUAUCUCCAUGCUCAGGGUAUCAUCAAGGACCCAAAAGAUGCCAAAUCUGUCGCUACUUUCCUGAAAGGUACUGCGCGCAUCAAUAAGAAAGUGCUUGGUGAUUUCAUUGCGAAGAAAGGUAAUGAGGCUGUCAUUGAAGCCUUCAUGGAAGAUUUUGAUUUCAACAACAAGCGUAUUGAUGAGGCACUUCGGGAGCUCUUGGAAUCAUUUCGACUGCCAGGAGAGUCAGCAUUGAUUGAGCGAAUUGUCACUAUUUUCUCCGAGCACUAUUGCGCUGCCGAGCAGUCUGAAGCAGUUAUUGCAAACAGCGAUGCUGCAUUCGUAUUGACUUAUGCCGUCAUUAUGCUCAACACCGAGCUCUACAACCCCAAUGUCAAAGCAGCAAACCGUAUGACUGUCGAGCAAUUCUCGCGCAAUUUACGUAGUGUCAACGACAAAAAGGACUUUCCGCUAGAGUACCUUCAAGCCAUCUUCAACUCGAUCAAGUUCAAUGAAAUCAUCUUACCAGAAGAGCACGACAACAAACACGCUUUCGACUAUGCUUGGAAAGAACUCCUAUUGAAGACAGAGUCUGCUGGAGACUUGAUCAUUUGCGACACGAAUGUCUACGACGCAGAUAUGUUUGCUGCAACUUGGAAGCCAGUAGUUGCUACUCUUUCAUAUGUCUUCAUGUCUGCGAGUGACGACGCUGUGUUCUCGAGAGUGAUUACAGGCUUCGACCAGUGCGCACGAAUAGCAGCAAAAUAUGGCCUGACCGAAGCCGUGGACCAAGUCGUCUAUUGUCUGAGCUACAUCACCUCUUUGUCCACAGAAGCACCCUCAAAUACAAGUCUCAACACUGAGAUUCAGGUUGGCGAGAACAGCGUCAUGGUCAGCGAACUUGCGGUCAAAUUUGGAAGAGAUUUCAAAGCACAACUCGCCACCGUUGUUCUAUUUCGAGUAGUAACUGGAAGCGAGGCUGUUAUCAGCAGUAGUUGGAAACAUAUCGUUCGCAUUUGGAUCAACCUCUUUGUGAACUCCUUAAUACCUCCUUUCUUUGCACCAAACCGCAUGGAAAUCACCCCAAUCCCUCUUCAGCCACCUUCUCAAAUCAUCGAUCGUGGUCAGAAGAGCGAAAGUGGUCUUUUCUCUGCUUUCACCUCGUACAUUUCAAGCUAUGCUGCAGAUGACCCACCAGAGCCUUCAGAUGAAGAGCUAGAGAGUACGCUGUGUACUGUAGAUUGUGUGAACGCAUGUUACAUGGGGGACGUCUUCGCCAACGUUGUCAACAUGCCUGUUGAUGCUUUAAAGCCUCUCGUUCAAGCAUUACUUGAGCAACUCCCAGAUGAUCCAACUUCCGUGGUCAUAUCCGUUAAGUCUGAAGCAGAACCGCAACCAGGAACAAACGGUCAGAAGUCUGUUAUCAAUGGGCCAAUAUAUGACCCAUCAGUCGUUUAUCUAUUAGAGCUUUGCACUGUGCUGGCCCUCCGAGAUAAAGAGACCGUAUUGAGUCUCGGUAGCAGUGUCGCUGGAGCAUUGCAGGGAGUGAUGCGUAAUGCACAUAGCUAUCAUUUCAUCAUGACAUCGAGGACAAUGUUCUAUCUUCUCCAUUUGCUCCAUGCAAGCUACGAACACGACUUCAUCCGCGUGCCUGUCGUGCUGCACACAAUAUCAAGCUUCAAGAAAGAUCUCUUCGAUCGCUCUGCGCCACUGGUGCUGCAAGGUUUGACCGCAUGUAUCAAGGAGCCUGGGCCUCUCAGAAACGAGAUCAUGACUUCUCCUGACUUUUGGGUCAUCCUUCGGAAUUUGACAGGGAAUGCUCAGUCAGCUCCUGUUGUAUUCGAAAUCCUUGAGGGCGUGGUUGUCGGCACACCACCAACCAUAAUGGCAGACAAUUACGAGUCGGCUGUGAGGUUGCUGAACGACUUCGCAUCGACUGGUAGCGUGGGCUCGACAGUGGAGCAGAAGCAAGACAAGAAGGCGAGACGUGGCCAGCAGCAGCAACAGCCUGCAAAGCAAGCUAAGCCGCAAGUCGAAGCCGCUGUCGCUAGGGGUGUCUCCGCAAUCAAGAUGAUCUAUUCAUUAACAUCGCGAAUACCGGUAUUAAUGAAGCAGUCACAUCUAGAAAGCAAAGAAGCCUGGGCCGCAUAUUGGUCACCAAUUUUCCGAGCUUUGACCACACAGUGCACGAAUCCUUGUCGACAGAUUCGACAUGAGUCUUUCGCUUCAUUACAACGAACACUUCUGUCACCUGAACUGACUUCUGGUGAGCACGAGGAGUGGACUGCUAUCUUUGGCGAAGUACUCUUCCCUCUUAUCGUAAGACUUCUGAAACCCGAAGUCUACUCUUCGGACCCUGUUGGGAUGAGCGAAACCAGAGUCCAAGCAGCUACGCUGUUGUGCAAGAUUUUUCUGCAUUACUUAGUUCUGCUUUCAAAGUGGGAGGGAAUGCUGGAUCUUUGGCUCAAAAUCCUUGAUAUUAUGGACAGAUUGAUGAAUAGCGGGCAAGGUGACAGCUUAGAGGAAGCAGUCCCCGAAAGCCUGAAGAAUAUCAUUCUUGUUAUGUCCAGCAGCGGCUACCUCGUGCCGCCUAGUGAGGACCCAUCUCAAGAGAAACUAUGGACAGAAACAUGGAAACGCAUCGAUAGGUUCCUCCCAGACCUGCGAAAAGAGCUUGAUCUGGACCCGAAAGAACCACCCCCAGCUGCUACCGAACUAGCAGCUCCUGAAGAGAAGAUCGAUGAACCAGCUGCUUCAACUGAAGUGGAGGUAGCGGCUGAGUAG